UGAGGCGCCAGACGUCGACUUGGAAGUUCCGGGGAGGCAGCGCAUGCGCUAGCGUACGCGUUGCCGGCGAAGAGGGGAGCCUCAGGACUCGGAAAUUUGAAUACCACUAGCAUGGAGUGCGACCUCAUGGAGACUGACAUCUUGGAGUCGCUGGAAGACCUGGGUUACAAGGGUCCAUUGUUAGAAGAUGGCGCUCUGUCUCAGGCGGUCUCUGCUGGAGCCAGUUCCCCUGAGUUUACCAAACUCUGUGCUUGGCUGGUGUCUGAAUUAAGAGUGCUCUGUAAACUGGAAGAAAAUGUGCAAGCAACUAACAGCCCGAAUGAAGCUGAAGAAUUCCAACUUGAGGUGAGUGGGCUACUAGGGGAGAUGAACUGUCCAUACCCUUCACUGACUUCUGGGGAUGUGACCAAGCGCCUUCUCGUUCAGAAGAACUGCCUCCUUUUGCUCACAUACCUCAUCUCAGAACUAGAAGCUGCCAGAAUGCUCUGUGUGAAUACUCCUCCAAAAAAAGCUCAAGAAGGAGGCGGUAGUGAGGUCUUUCAAGAGUUGAAAGGCAUAUGUAUUGCUCUAGGAAUGUCCAAACCUCCAGCCAAUAUAACUAUGUUCCAAUUCUUCAGCGGGAUUGAAAAAAAAUUAAAGGAAACAUUAGCAAAAGUUCCACCUAAUCAUGUGGGAAAGCCUUUAUUGAAGAAGUCAUUGGGACCGGCCCACUGGGAAAAGAUAGAAGCAAUUAACCAAGCCAUAGCCAAUGAAUAUGAAGUUCGGAGAAAGCUGCUAAUAAAACGUUUGGAUGUCACUGUCCAGUCUUUUGGUUGGUCUGACCGAGCUAAGAGUCACACAGAGAAAUUAGCAAAGGUCUACCAACCAAAACGUUCGGUCUUAUCUUCUAAAAGUACUAUUUCUGUUGCUCACCUUUUGGCUGCAAGACAAGACUUGUCAAAGAUUCUAAGGACAAGCAGUGGUUCUAUAAGAGAAAAGUCUGCCUGUGCCAUCAAUAAGGUGUUGAUGGGCAGGGUGCCUGACAGAGGCGGUAGACCCAAUGAAAUUGAGCCUCCGCCCCCAGAGAUGCCACCAUGGCAGAAAAGGCAGGAUGGCCCCCAGCAGCAAGCAGGAGGCCGAGGCGGAGGGAGAGGUGGUUAUGAACAUUCCUCAUACGGAGGACGAGGAGGUCAUGAACAAGGAGGGAGAGGUGGACGUGGUGGCUAUGACCGUGGAGGCUACGACCGUGGUGGCUACGACCACGGUGGCCGAGGGGGAGGAAGAGGAAAUAAGCAUCAAGGAGGCUGGACAGAUGGAGGGAGUGGAGGAGGAGGUGGCUACCAAGAUGGUGGUUAUCGAGAUUCGGGCUUCCAACCAGGUGGCUACCAUGGUGGCCACGGUGGUGGCUAUCAAGGUGGUGGUUAUAGUGGCUUCCAAACAACUACUUACACAGCAAGUGGAUACCAGGGUGGUGGAUACCAGCAGGACAAUAGAUACCAAGAUGGUGGGCACCAUGGUGAUCGAGGCAGUGGUCGUGGAGGGAGAGGUGGGCGUGGAGGCCGAGGCGGACGCGGAGGCCAGGGAGGUGGUUGGGGAGGGAGGGGGAGCCAGAAUUAUCACCAAGGGGGACAGUUUGAACAGCACUUCCAGCACGGUGGUUAUCAGUAUAAUCACUCUGGAUUUGGACAAGGAAGACAUUACACUAGUUGAGGCUACAGAACCUUACAUUUUGCUAGAGCUCAAGUAAUAGAAACUUAGUUUAAGAAUCCUGAGUCCAGUGUGGAUUUUGAAUGUGAGACCACAGGUGGCAGAAUCCAAUUCUGUUGGAUUUUUUUUUUAAUGGGCUUACAUAAUGCUGUUUAUUUGAGAAACACGUACAACAUCGCUCCUUUGUAUGAAGAAUUUUUUUAAAGGUAAUUAAAAUUGCCUUUAAUUGACCAGUAGACUAAUUCCACAGUCAACAUGCAUACUUUUUUGAAGAAAUUACUUGAAUAAGUAGUUUUCAAUAUACAGUUUUGAAAAUGAGGAUUCUCCUAGAUUUUUUUAGAUUUACAACUAGGAAGCCUUCCUCAUAUUAACAACCCAUUUAUAUGUGUUUUCCUUAUACUAUUCUAAUGUCUGUUUUGCAAGCACAGUUUCCACCCUGGUUGGCUUUUUAUUUGGAGAGGUUAUGCCACAUUUGCUUCCUGAUAGAACUUUUAGGUCAGUUCCUAUUAACUGAGCUCUUCUGCAGAUAGCACAUUCAGUAGCCUUAUCCUCUUGAUGGAAUAUUAUACCACAAGUGGAACUCAGAAAACCUUGAACGUGGCCAAAAUCCGUCAAGAUUAUAAAAGCAGACUAAGUUGUGAGUCUAUUGUACAUGUAGGCAUUUAGUGAAGUAUAGCAAUUCAAACUGACCUGCAUUCAUUCAAAACAAGUUCCUCCUUCAACCCUAUUUUUACUUGAAAUCUGCUAGAAGAAACAGCAAACUGAAAUUUGUUUUAUGCACGAGUUAAUACCACUGGCUCAGCAAAUACAAUUUAGUUUGCUUUGAGCAGGAGACUUUUUUUUUGUAACGUUAAGAAAUGCACUACAGAGAAAGAGGACAGAUUUUUGCUUAGUGCAGGAGGCCCUUUAUUAUUGCUGCAGAAAACAAAAGCCUGGCUGAGCUGAUGUUUUACAUUCUCCUUUACUGAAACCUACACGACGCUUCUUGCUGGGUUUUUGUAUACUUAAACAUUGUCAAGCUGUGAAAGAAAAUGGCUGGAGGUGUGCUUUGUGUGAAAGGUGAGCAAUAAAGUAUCUGUACGUUC